CUUUCGAGUCAUUUGUUCAUAGGUAUUUGCUCAAGUCACUAACAUGUCAUCAUUUUGCAGUCAAUAACGAGUAUUAGUCGAAUUUGAAAGCUGGCAGUUUAGUAAAAUUAUAGCUUACGAUAAACCGUGGAAUUUAGACCUGCGAACAACAGUGGCGAAAAAAACUGCACUGGAAAUAGCAUGGUGGCUACGAUACCUACACACGCAGCAAAACGAACGAUUUAUUCACCGGAUACGAGUCACAGUAUGUCACAGUUUGAUGCUGACGGAAGGCGACAGAUAUUUGGAUUAUCGAAAGCUAUCCGGAAGCAUGCCUAUCAGUCUACGUCACCGAGUUCAGAGUUCAAAUUUGGGAGGAAGUACAAUCAUAGCCAUGAAGCAUUGGAUAGUGAAAAAUAUAAUGCAGCAAAGAAUGCCCCAACAAUCGAAGAAAGAUUAAAAAAUCUAUUGAAUAGCGACACGGAAGGAACAGAAGGCCAAUCCACUUCAAAUCCGAAGAAAAAUACUUUUCAAAAACCUCCAACGUACGAACUAGGAAGUAAAGGUUGCCAGGGAUCCUACUCUCCUCGUAUCGCUGAAUCAAAAAUGAGGGAAAGACUGAACCGAACAACGGGCGAUGAAGAUUUGAAGAAUCAACCGACAUCAAUUACCAGACGAACACGUUCAUCGUCGAGCGAUAGAAUGCCAAGUCAUGAAAGAUCCAAUCCGGUUGCAACUUCGAGGGCGACGUCGAAAUCUCCUGCUCCAUUUGUGCGUCGUACGCAAACCGAAGCUUUGACAGCGCGCCAACGUCGAUGUGUCAGUGCGGUUCCUGCAUCUUUCUACGACGAAAACUGGAAUGUAGUUCCUGAUCACACUAACAAGCAACAGCAGGAUCAGCCGGUUGCUACUACUCAACUGUAUGUAGAUCCCGCUAGUUCUAGCACACCGAUGGGACGGAGAACCCCAACUGGGGCAUAUAAUCAAGCUAUUUGGAACCAACGUCCAGCACCGAGUCCCGGUCGUGCUACGACUUUACCACUACAAUCACCGACAAGUGAAAUUAAAGACGGCGCACCUGAGUGGAUGAUGUUCAGAAACAGACCUGAAUCAAGAACCCCUGAACCCGGAACCGCACGAAAAACAUUGGAAUAUUCAAAGUCAAGUUUACCAGCGUCUGGUACGGAUGUUAUAAAUACAAUAGGAAAUUCUGAUCAACAUGAAAAACCAGUUUUCCGAUUUCGAAAGACAUCCACGGCUCCUACACUGUCUUUGCCGCCUAAGACUAAAGGUAUUGAUAUUUCAAAUCAUGAAAAGGGGAGUCUGCCUCGAAAGGUAUCCCCUACUAAAUCAUAUAAUACUGUUGAACGCAAAGCAAAGCCUAUACAAUAUACGGAACCGCCGCCACCGGCUUAUACUAGACCUCCUGCGCAGAAUACUGUAGAAAGUAUAGAGCAUUGUGCCCUUAAAGUGUCAUCAUUGACUUCAAUGUCAUCUGAAAACUCUGUACCAACACCUGCAAAACGGUCUAGUCGGACUGUAACUUCACCUACAAUACCCAGUAGGGACAGCUCUUUGAAAAACCAUGCUAGAAAUCAAGAUCCGCUAGAUGAUGAGCGGGAAUCGCGGAAAAGUGAUGAUCGUGACAGUGGUGCUAUUCUAGACGCUGAGGCUUCUGUUUUUGACUUUGAUUCUUCAGUUAUAAGCGAAUCUGAUGAUGAAAUUUCAUUAAAAGCACAAAAACAACGUCAGUCAAAGAUAGAUUCAAAUCUUGACCAAUCACAUCGCGAGACCGUUUGGUCACGCUCCAGUACCCCAACGUUACCGCCCCUUUCUCCUGACGAAUCCGACGAAGAAAGUACACCGAGGAACAGCGAACCUCAUAUCGCCAUGAAAUCUUCUCAGCAGGACAAAUCGCCUCGUAAAUUCCAUAAUGAAGUUUCAUGCUUGCCUAGUUAUGAAAAUCUCAUGAAAAAAAAGUUAACGGAGAACUCUAAAGGAAAGAUUUCAGAAGACAGUGGAAAAUACAGUGGAGCCAGCGGAGAAAGUCAUGAUCACCAAGAACUAUCGCCUACGGAAAGUGCAUUGGCUGAGACACGUGAUAAAACAAAGGCUGUGAUAGCAACAAAAAAUCCCGCUGUAAAAGUCACCACUAAGAUAACAAACUGCCAAGUUCAGGGCCGAUAUGUUACACGCCAAAGCUCCCGGGCGUCAUCUUGCGAUGAGCGUCGGGUAGCGAUUACUCAUGGUCGAAGACAUCGCGUUGGUAAACGAAGCAGUCGUCACGGCAAAAAUAAAAAAGUACAUCAAAAUAAACACUCGCAAGAAUUUACCUAUUAUGACGACAUAGAGGGAACAGAAGCAAUAACAAAACAGAAGCAGAGAUUGGGAAGGUUCCCAGCAUUUUAUAGGUCUGGUGACGGUGGCGGCGCUAAAGAGCCAAAUGACGUUGAAGAAACAUCGAGUGUAAGAUCGUUCACAAGCGCUUCUGUUACAAGCAGUAUUUUGAGAAAAGGAAAACGUCAUCAUCGACGACACCAUGGCCACGGUGGAAUUUUAGAUAAAUCAUACGCAAAAGAAGUUAGAGCUGUCAACAAACGAUUUUCUCGUCUGGAAGCCCACGUCGUUACACUGGCUCGAAGUGUGGCGCAAUUAUCAUCAGAAAUGAGGCAACAGAACAGCGCAUCACGUGAUAUAGAAGAAUUACGCGAACAGCUCGAAGAGCUUCGUAAAGAACGUUCCCAGGGAAAGCCAUCAUCAAGAAAAUCGUCGUCGUCCAGUCGUUCCAAAUCAGAGGUUGCAGCAAUGUCGGCACUCAAUGCAAAAGCCCAGCCUCGACGAAUGGUUAAACUUGCAAAAUUUUUUGGAGAGAAACCUCCUGUUUUGAAUUUAUUUCUAACUCAAAUGGGUUAUGAGAAAUAUAUCGACAAUUUUAAAUCUGAGAGCAUUGGAAUGGUUGAAUUGCCUUAUAUGGAUGAAGAAAGGUUAAAAAGCAUAGGAAUACCCCUCGGACCGAGUCUACGAAUUUUGAAAGAAGCUAAAAAGACAUCGUUUGUGUGACGGAUAAUCGUAUAGAGGAAAAAUGUUUUUGAUUGAAACAAAGAUUGCAAAGAUACGAAUGGAAGGCAUGAUUAUGCGGAGAACACACGGAGAUAAAAUGUUCCUUUUCGACUGAAUUCAUAAUUAAGACGAGUUUGGGCGCAAUUGAAGUAAACAAUGGACAAACUUCAAAAGACGCAAAUCUAUUUUUGCUACCAUUUCUAUUAGUAUUUACUCCCAAAAAAUUGCGCAAAAUUUUGAUUUUCUUCUCUUUAUUGUGCAAGAUACAUAUUUAUGGAUCUUUGUUGCACAGUUUUCAUGUAAAAUGAUAAGACGAAUUAAAUUUAAAUUACGAAAUCAAAACAGACGAAUCAAUCCCAGCUUUCUAUCAGGGCGCUCCUCUAAAUCUUGAACGCAGCCAAUCCAUGGCCCAUGCUCGACAAUGAUUAACUUUCUAUCUGUCACGCUAACACAAACAAACACUGCCUAUAUUACAACGACAAUGACCGUUGGUGACGUCAUCUUCAUCCCGACGCCAUAACUAUGGUCAACGAAAUAUUUUUUCUUACAAAAGAUUUUCAAUGUUUAUGGUACUUUUAUUUUUUCAAUUUUUUAUCAAAUAUAUUUUAUCACAAUUGUUAAAAAUUUACUGUCGUUCGUAAAAUGACUGUUUAUUUGUAUUUUCGAUAAAAACCUUAUUGUUUGAAAUGAUAUUUUAUUCGCCUCAGUUAAUGAACAGAAUUGACGCAGAAUAAAUGUUGUUCACAUCGA